AUGGAUCCCAUGGUUCGCUCGAGAAGAGGAGCCUCCGCGCAAGGUGAGCCAGAGACAGAGGCUACGGGUGCUCAGUUAGAGCGUGAUUAUCAGACAGCCUUGGGUCAAGCAGACCCGGGAAUGAAUCCUCGGGAAGUUGUGACUUCUGUGGUUCCGGGAGAAGCGUCGCCCGGUACUUUAGAGCAGGGCGGAGCUGGAGGCGGAGUCGAAUCUUUGCCUUUGCCCACGGCCAGUCCUUUUCAUAGUGAGAGAGUACGUGACCAGGUUGAGCUUCUUCGUAAGAGACCGGCUGACUUGGAUUAUGAGCAGGCGAGAGUAGAAGCUGAGCGGUUGGGUCCUAGUGGCGUUCUGGAGCCUGAUUACUCUACUGCUUUUGGCACCAAUCCUGACGUGGGCCCGAGGGUAGCUCGGGUGGAGGCUGUUGGGCCUUCAGUUGGAACGGCUUCGGAGGCAGCUGUAACGGGGUCUGGGAGUGGACCGAUUCCUGGAGUGAGGCCGGUCCCGGUAGACAAAGCUGGGCCGGAAUCUGGAUUGCAAUCUGGUAUCAUAGAAGGGGUAUUUACUUCACCUGAAGAUGAUACUCCGGAGUUGUUGCCGGACAAUGACAGAACUGCGAGGCUGGAGCAAGUGGUCUCGCAGCUUGUUGAGGAAAACAGGUCCUUGAGACGGCGAGUGGAGCAGGCAGAGUGGCGCUCUCACUCAAGUUAUCACAGUGGAACACCGGGUGAAGCCGCUAUGACGUCGCCGGUUUCCUUCGCUGUGAAUGAGGGCCAUGUUGAGUUAGCUAGCUCAGCUGUCGUUUGUGGAAAUUGGUGGGCUCAGGCAGCUUCCAUUGGAGCGGAGUCCAACGGGGAUAAGCGUGCACGGGCCGCAGCUGCGCAAGCGAAAGCGAAGGGUAUUGAGGAAACCGGUACCGGUAGAGAAGCGCUUGUGGCGGAAGCAGCCAAGAUUCUUAAGAGUGUUACCUUGAAGCCGUUGAGGGUCUUCUCUGGCUCUGGUAAGGCUGCUGGUGAUAUGAAGGAAAAUAUUAAG